AUGACCUUCACCUUCUUCUUGAACGUGCUGAACGCCUUGCAGCGCCUCAUGAAGUACGUGGUGGUGCCGAGGGAGGCGGCCUACGACAUGCCCACGGACUACAGCGUGCGCAAGCAGGUCAGGGUCGAUCGUGCCGAAAUCGUUCGUCUCCAGAUGAAGCAGGCGCUUGUGGGGAAGUAG